AUGAUUUCAUCCAUGACAAUCUUCGUCCUUCCGAAGGAAGCUGAGCAUUUUUUUCCCAAACAAUCUUCCAUCAGCCUUGGCUUUCUGGAACUUCUGGGUGCUGUGAGCUUGCUGAGUGGACCGGUUGCUGGACAGGUAUCAGACAGAAUCAAGCACCCUAUGGGGCGCAGGCGGCCUAUGGUCUUACUGUGCUCCCAACUUGCUGUGGUGGGUACAAUUGGGUGCUGGCUUUCCAGCACAUCGUACUCUUCGCCAAUCUGCUUUUCUGUAUGCUUGCUCCUGCAGCAGAUCGCAUGGAAUUGUGCACAUGCAGCGCACAAUGCACUGCUCUCUGAUAUCAUUCAUCCAACAUGUACCGGAUUGGCCUCCUCACUGCAGACAAUCAAUGUCCUGGCGGGUGGUUUGCUUGGGAUGCUCUCCUUUCAGGGCCUGGCCCAGACAGGUCUGCACCACACCUACAUUUAUGCUAUACAAGUGGGACUCACGUACCUCUUCCUCCCAGUGACCCACUUCUCUGCCCAGGAGGCUGCAAGCCACACUAUGCUAUUGCCCAGCAAUCCUGUUUCUUUGCGGACGAUCUUUUGGAUGAGUCAUAGUAAAUGCACUGACUACAUCUUGGUGCUGUGGGAGCGUGGUUUCUACUACGCUUCUGCAGCUUCCAAGAGCUUCCUGCUAUACUUUGCGCGAGACAGGUUGGACAUAACAUCGGAAAAGGACCAAGCUCUGCUACUGGCCGAAGCGUCGCUCAGCACAGUUGGGGCGGCAAUCCUUGGCAGCGUGUUGUCAUCAGUUCUUUUCACCAGAACUUCCAUCCGCUCGCAGAGCAUCGCAUGCUUCGGUUCCAUCCUCCUUGCAAUUGGAACCCAGUUUUGGGUUUGCCUCUUCUUCAAGGAAUUGGAAGUGAAAAAGAUGAUUCUGCUUCUCUUCUUUGCAGUCUACGGAUUUGGGAAGGGCUCCUACAUGUCGGCCGACUUGGCUUUGGGCAUUGCCACCAUGCCUGAUCCGGACGAAGCGUCCAGGUACAUGGGCCUCUGGGGCUUGAGCGCAUUCCUAGGAGCCGGGCUCGGCGGCUUCGUGAUGUCAGUGAUCUUGGAGCUCUUUGGGGACAUCCUUCCGGUGUCCUAUGGCAUGAAGGUGAAGCCUGGCAGCUAUUGCAUUCAUGGCUACAUUGCUCUCCUCUGCAUGUGCUUGUGCUGUCAACUCUACGUCGCGCACCUGAAGCAUGGCAGUCGGCCAUGCCAGAGGAAACUUCUCACGCCGAUGGAUGAAGAAGAUGAAGAUGGUGGUGAGACACCGCCUUUUGACACAGAUUCAGACAACACGGACAAGCGUUCUCGCUUGGACGGUCCAGGUGUCGAAUACUUCAUUGAGCAACGUCUUGUCGGUUGGAUCAUUGGAAAAGGGGGCUCCACCCUCAAGGAAAUCGAGCAGGCCUAUCAAGUGAAGGUAUCCCUUGAUCAAAGCAGUAAGAGUACAGGCUACAGCAAAGUCCAAAUCACCGGUCCACAAGCCCAAAUCAGCAAGGCGGUGGGCCACAUCAAUAGUUCCUUGUCAAGUGCCGGAUAUGGCGAUGGAGUGAACGGCCCUUGCCUGCUGGAAACCCUUCCCACUGGUGACAAUGGCAAGGAGGAUAUACAAGUCAAGCAAAGAUACAUUGGGUAUUUGUUGGGCAAAGGCGGAGCAGCUAUUGCCGACAUCGAAAAGGCAAGUGGCUGCCAGAUCUUUGUCGACCAGGAGACCAAAAGUCUUGGCUACAGCGUUGUCCAGCUGCUUGGUUUGCCGGAGCAGAUUGCAGAUGCAAAGCAAGCCAUCGAACUCUCCAUUGAAAGAGCAAAAGCCGCCCGAGAAGGCCAGGUUGCGGAGGAAAGAGUUGAGGUCGAACAGCGCUGCGUUGGAUGGUUGCUCGGCAAGAAAGGUGGUGUUGUCCAGGAGAUUCAACAGGAGACAGGUGCUCAAAUCGUGAUUGACCAGACCACCAGCAAUUUAGGGUACAGCACUGUUGUGUUGAAGGGCAUGGUGGACCAGGUUGACAGUGCAAGGGACCGUGUGAAUGCAGCUCUCGAGAAGGCCCUGCACCGUGGGCCCUGUGCGCUGGAAAAGGCGCAGCAGCUGCUCUUCAUUGUGAGCACGGACGACACAGCACAAAUUGAGAAGUGCUACAAACGAAACAGGACAAACAGCUUAGGCUACCAGUUUGCUCCUCGCAUUGGUAGCGGAGCGUGGCGACCAGUGCCCGCUCUCGCAGCUACGACGUCCUCUACUUGGGCGACCACUCCCUGGUGGCUGCUUGGGGUCAUCCUUCUUGCUCUACUUCGUCUACAACCACUUCCUGGCUUCUUGGUUUUCUACGUGGACACCCUCCAGCUGGACGAGCCCUACUUCCUGAACUUCGACUACAUGACCACGCUUCAGGCGAAGGACAUCUACGUGACCUGGGAUGGUGAUCAAACUACGUGGACUGACUACACCAGGAAAGUGAGGCUUCAGUAUGAGAAGACGGAGCCCCACAAGCGGAAGCUACUAGCUCCUGAACUGGCAUCAAGGCUGACAGGACGAGCAUGGACUGUGACGGCGGAGCUGGACUAUGCAAAGCUCAGCACCCGCUCUGGCGUGAAGUACCUCCUGGAGUUCUUGCGCUCCAGACUAUGUCAAACAGCUGUUCCUGACGCUGGUGCGAGGCUUGAGGAGUUGCUCAUCAAGCUCAGGCGACCGCCUGGAAUGGGCUUUGCACAAUGGAGUGCAACGCUCCUGGAGAGCUACCGCAAGGUGCAACGUUCUCUAAUCCGAGCUCGUGCCCGAGCAAAGCCUGCCAAGGAGGAGAAAGUGGAGCCCAAGACAGAGAGACGGACGGCAUCUGAGCCGCACUCAGAGCCUGCGUCACCAGGUAGCCCUGGUGGACGCGCUCGACGGAGCCCUACAACGCCCUCACCUGCGCAUGGAAGAGUUCCUGGUCCUGAAGAACCCCAACAAGCCGAUCAACCUGAAGGUGGAGACGGACACCAUUAUGAUGCAGUACCUCAAGACGAUCCUGAUGGAGAAGGUGACGGCCAAGAUUGGACAUCAUGGUACAACCGAUGGACGCCUAAACAAUGGUGUAAGUGGCUCAAGGCGACAAAGGACAAGGAAGCCGAUGAAGAAGAGUCCGAUGAGGAACUACGUUGGGAUGAGCUGGAGAUGGAAGAGAUCGAGGUGCUCCCCGACGAGCUGUUAGGCUGGCUCCUACUACGACGUGCCAACCUUCCUGCAUCAGCACGACUUGCAGUUCAGGCUUCAGUUCAAAACUCCUUGAAGUACCGCGACAUCGAGAACGCCCUACGUGACCAAGAAGAAGAACUUUUACAUGGAGAUCUACAUCGCCAACAAGCUCAUCGACAUCGACGCACGUUUUGGGUCGAGGAAGAUGGAGCUUGGGGACUACUUGCACUACAAGACGAACAACAAGAUGAGGCAGUGCAAGAAGUGCACUGGGUUGGAAAGUCACUACCUCCUGAAGUAUAUCAUCCUACGGACAAGACGCACAUCGACGAGGGUGACGAGGAGAUCUACUGGUCUUGGGAGAUGGAUGGAUAUCAUGGCUAUGUCCAGGACAACUAUGGCCAAUGGUUUGAGACCGACGGGUUUGGCAACUAUUGGACCUCUGAAAUGGACGACUAUGAGGGUCUCACAACAGAACAGGCCAAAGAGUUGGAUGAGGCUUACUCAGCCUAUGAGACAAAGGCGAGAACUUUCCAACAGAGCCGACAAUACCAACGAGCCAAAGGUCAAUCACGUGGCUUCUACCCCAUGAACAAGGGCAAGAAGGGCAAAGGCAAAGGCAAAGGCUUCUAUCGACCUCAAGGACGCGGUGGUGUUUCUACUUCGUCUACAACAUCUUCAUCUAUGUCUAAGGCAUCGGUGAUGAAGUCUGAGGAGGUGAUGGCAGCAACUGGAAACAACACUGGUUGCUUUAUCUGUGGGGAAAAGUCUCACGGAUUCCGUGACUGUCCAAGACGCUCAGGUCAAACCUCAGCGCCUUAUGCUCAACGUGGCAAGGGCUGUACCUCCUACAUGGUCGAGAACCUGAACCCUUCGAGCUUGAUCUUCAUGGUGGCGGACAACUAUGUGCCCGUGACUCCUCUUCAAGUACAACAUGACACAGCUGGCUUUGGUGUGCUCGACUUGGGUGCGACCGAGACUGUCGGAUCCCUGGAGGCCAUUGAGAAGGUUCUACAACGUCGACAUCAACUUGGACAUCUACUUCCUGGAGACCAUGAUGAAGUUCGAGUCAUGCCUGAGGCCAAGAAGAUGUUUCGCUUUGGGAAUGGUCAGGUGAAGCAAAGUGAAAGUUAUCGUCUACUUCCUCAACAUGUUGGCGCCAAGAAGGUUCUCUUGGGCAUCUACACCCUGAUGGCGGAGAAAGUGCCGAUCCUCAUUGGCAUGCGCACCUUGACCAAACUUGGUGCGAUCGUGUAUGUGACUGGUGGCUGGCUUGUGCUCACCAACGUCGAUGCCAAGAUCAAGAUCCCUCUGCAGAAAAGCGCUGCCGGACACUUGCUGGUGGACCUCACCCAAGACUGGUUGGCACAAGGUCAACCCAUGGCAUCCUCCUGUGGUCGAGUAUAUAUGGUGCAGCCGCUGGGGGAUGGGAGUGACAACAAUCCACAUUCAGAAGCCAUGCAAUCAAGGUCACAUCAAGGUGUUCAAGGUUUUAGUCUUUCAGUGAUGUCACAGUCGGACAUGUUGCAGUUGCUCACACACGAUGGUGCAGUGAUGAUGAAUCAUGGAGAUGGAUGUCAUGAUGAUCAAAUCCUUCAACUUUGUGAAGAUGCUACAGUUUUGGUUGUGGAUCAACAUGGACACCAUCAACCUAUGCAUGCUCCAUCGCAAGAACUUCGGGAUCAAGUGAUGUCUUCGCUGGCCCACGAUCCCUCGACCACUGGUCCUUGCCAUGGCACCGAAGAAGGCAUCGACCAAGGUGGAGAAGCCACCACCGACGGAAGUCUACGACUACAGCAGAACCCAGUCAGCGGAUCCGCGGGAUCCGCGGACGACGGGAGCCCCCUGCUACGGACACCACAAGGUGGCCAAACCGGGGCCUGGCUCCAAGUCGGGGUCCAACCGGUAUGCGAUAUGGGAGGCAUGCGAAAGCUGCCACCUUCGGAUGUCUUACACCCCGGCAUUCGGGGCGACAGGGGCCACCCGCAAAGCCGGUCCCUUGGACAAGGACACGGCCCAGGCGAUCUCCAAGCUGCCGGCCAACGAGCUGCUGGGCAACAACCACCUGAAGAACGAGAAGAUCUCCCUGGACGGCGCCGAGGCCAGUCUACUUCGAAAGUUGGAGAACGUGCAGAAGAAGAAGGCCGAGUGGGAGCAAAGCCAAGUCACAAAAGGCUAUGCUUCGGGACCUCAGCCAGCAGCAGCCAAGGCCAAGGCGACAGUGACGCCUGUGGAGAGAAAGACAAGGAGAGCCGAGGACACAGCAGAAGCUCACCAGAGUGCGGUGAUAGCGGUGGAAGAUCAGGAGACGGAGGACUGGACACCAAUCCCUACUGGCUGAAGCCGUGCACGCCGAGUCCUACAAGAUCUUCACCUACAUCACUGCCGAGCUCUAUGGUGGCCGAACUUCAACUACCUCAAGGUGAUGAUUGGGAUCUGAACCUCUAUGAAGUGGAGGACCCUGCAACUGUCCCAGAGGGCAGCAUGUUGUCAGGGAAGCAACUCUCUGAAGAACAACGAUCCCUACUUCAUGCAGCUGUGGAUGACAUGGAGCAAGGCUGCAACUUGUUGAUGGAAAACUUGGGGAUUGAAGGAAAACGACGACCUUUUAAGGUCAUGGAAUUGUGCUGUGAGGCCGACAGCGGCAUCAGCACCGAGGUUGAAGCUAUGGGUGGCAUUGGAAGGAGUUCAGAAGGUGCUUCAACUUUUGGAGAAGGAGAAGAAGGACGUGAAAAGAUCCGCAAGAAAGUGCUGAAGUCGAAGAAACUUGUGGGCAAUGGCAUCCGCGUCAUGGAGAGACAAGUACAACUUGGUGGAGAAGUUUUUCAAGAAUGGCCUGCCAACAACAGGGCCUGGGGCUUCACGAGCAUCCGAACCUUCUGGGACCGCAUCUACCAGAAGCAGACAGUCUUUGAAGCUCGUAUAGACGGAUGUGCCUACGGCUUGAAGGCGCCUGAUGGCCUCAAGCGGAACGCAAAAGGACUUCAAGCACCAGAAGGCUUUAUGAAGAAGCCGUGGAGGAUAAGAGCGACCAGUUCUCUGGUGUGGAAUUUGCAGAAAACCUGCCCAGGAGACCAUGAACACGUUCCCUGUGAAGGUGGACAACGCACCAGGAUGUCAGCCUUCUAUCCUGAUGCGAUGUGCCGCAAGGUGGCUCAUCUGGUGAAGUGCGUUCAUGAAAACCGUCUUCGACAAGAGACUCUGGCGCACUACAGCUGCCCUGGCUAUGCUAUGGCCGCUACACCUGUGGAAGGCAAUCCAGACUCCCUCAAGGAUUGCACCAACGAAGAACUACAACGAUGGGCGACCAACUUGCUGAAGCUCCACAAGAAGCUGGGACAUCCUUCACGACAAGCUUUUACCCGAAUGCUACGUGAUCGAGGUGCAACCAUCCGCAUGAUCACACUGGCGAGCAAUCUUCAUUGCAUGGAUUGUGAAGAAUCCCGGAUGGCAAAUCCUCAACAUCGUGGCUUCACCCUGGAGACGGCAGAACAUCUCUGGGAAGUUGUCCAACUGGACAAUUUCGAAUUUUCCUAUGGCAUGGAGACCUACCACUUCCAGCUGCUCGUGGACGAGGCAUCUGGAUACUCCGUGCUGAACUACCUCUUCAAGCAUCCGAUUCAGGAAAGCCGCAGCCCAUCUACUGCGGAGAUCUUACAUGGCAUUUUGAAGUCUUGGAUCCAGUACUUCGGCUACCCGCAGAAGUUCAAGCUGGACAAAGAAGGUGGACACCGAGGCCGAGAUCUGGAGCAAUGGGGAGACACCCAUGGCGUGGAGUUUGAGUUCGUGCCUGCGGAAGCCCAUGGACAAAUUGGCAAGGUGGAAUCUGCCAUUGGAAAGCUGAAGAGCAAACCUCAAGCUCAUCUACGAGGAGAAGAAGAUGAUCCAGUGGCUGCUGCCUGGUCUAUGGUGGCUGCCCACAACUCCAUGGCCCGACGAGGUGGCUACUCACCCAUCCAGUGGGUCUUCGGCAAGGACUUCACUGAUGCUGAUCGACUACAUGAUGGACCUGAUCUACCCUUCUGGAGUUCCCUCAACACCGACGAGAAGUUCCAGAAGAUCGCUGGCCAUGAACAUCAAGCCCGAGCCUAUCAUCCUGGCGACCUGGUCUACUACAAGCGACAUCAAGCUCCUGCCGAAGGACGAAGUCAUCAGAAGCUGGAUGUGCCGAGGCGACAGAUCUCGAGAUGGUUUGGACCAGCCCGGAUUUUGGGGCUUGAGACAAAGGUGACCUAUGAAGGCCAAGUGACACAGCCGCACCGAAUGGCCUGGCUCAUCAGUCAAGGCAGACUGAAACGAGUGCACACAGAUCAACUACGGCAUGCUUCAGAACGCGAGAAGCUGACCAAUGAGGAGUUCCACGACAUCCUGGCCACACCCUGGACCUUCACUGACGUGACCAACGUGUUGACCUGGUGGAACUACCCCAUCUACAACGAGGCCGACCUCAUGAUGUCAAACCUCGACGUUCUCCCAGCCGUGGACGUGGUGGCCAAGACGGAGGAGGCGGUCAUGAACGACAGACCUCCGAGCGAGCCCUACGAGCCUUCCAUCGCGGAGGAGUUCAUGCCUGAUGACCAAGAUCUACCUCCAGUUCCAAGUGACGAUGAUUUGGAAGGUCCUGAAGAAGUUGACCUGGACCGCCUGCUGGACGACCCGAACUACAUGCCACGAAUGGAGCCUGGACCUCCAACCGGUCCUCUCUUCGAGCACGAACCUUUCCAACGUGCCCGAGCUCGACAUGAACGAGAUGAAGCUCAGAGGAUGAGAUCUAUGCUGAGCCGUGGCAGUGCGAGUGCAGCUAUGAUGGUUCAGGAGGAGACCUUCGAGGACAACCUGAUCUACGCCAUCACGCUUCCCAUGCCGGAGACAGCUGCACAGUGGAAAGCCAUUGUGAAAGACCCGGCCAAGUUUGUUGGGAAACAAGUUGCCAAGGGAGUUGAGGUAUCUUGGCACAAGCUCAACAAAGAACAGCGAGAAGCUAUGACUGAGGCGAAGCGUGUGGAGAUCAAGGAAUGGGUUGCCUCAAAAGUUUGCCGUGCUGCAAUCGGAGAUGUUGACCCACAGCGUAUUAUGAAGAUGCGCUGGGUGCUGACUUUCAAGGGCGUCGACGACGCAUGUGAGAAUAGUGGUGAUGGAGGAAAGAGAAUGAAGGCGAAAGCACGACUGGUGGUGCUGGGGUAUUCAGACCCAGAUGCAGGUGACCUCAACACCAAGUCACCCACCAUGUCGCGGCGUAGCCGACAAUUGCUUCUUCAGUUUUCCACCCAUCGUGGACUACCACUUCUCAAAGCAGACGCGAAAGCUGCAUUCCUGCAGGGACUUGCCACACAAGGGCAACGUUCCAUCUUUGGCAGACCAGUGGAAGAAUUGCGCGAAGCUAUGGGGCUGGACCAACAUCAGCUCAUACAAUUCCUCAAGGCUGCCUACGGUCUGACGAUUGCACCGAGAGAGUUCUAUAUGAUGGUCAAUGACACGUUGGAGCGACAUCAACUACGACGGCUGAAGACCGACCCAUGUCUCUGGCAGUAUGUGGUCGAGGAGGAUGGCAAGCCGAAAACUUUGGGCAUCAUUGGAUCCCAUGUUGACGACUUCCUCAUGACGGGCUACGAGAACGACCCGAGGUGGAUCGACGUCCUCGAGAAGUUCCACGCAUCUAUGAGGUGGAGCCCAUGGGAAGCACCGCCUCUCAAUCACUGUGGAGUGCGACUUCACCAACUACCAGACUUCAGCUGGCGCAUGGAUCAAUCCGACUACUGCAACGAGAUCAACCAGAUCAAGCAGGAGUCCAACCAGAAGGAGCUCACCCCGGAGGAACUACAUCAAGCACGAGCAGUUCUUGGGGCAGUACAAUGGCGUGCGUACCAAACAGGUCCACAACAUGCAGCGAAGCUGGGCUACUUCCAGUCCAUGCUGACCAAAGGUGAUCGCUCUAUGGUGGAGGGCAUCAACAAGAUGGUUCGAGAAGUUCAUGCACAGAAGGAGCUGGGACUACAUGUGUACCAACUUUGUGCUGAACGUGAUGAUGACCUCACUUUGGUGGCUUGGAGCGACGCGGCAUUGGCCAACAGGCCAGACUUGGGAUCGACAGGUGGCUACAUCAUCGGCUUCAUGCACAAGCAGUUCACAACAGGACAACGACGUGGUCAAGUGAACGUGAUGUCUUGGGGCAGUCAUCGCCUCAAGAGGGUCUGCAGAUCUUCUUUGGCUGCAGAAACACAGGCGCUGGCCGAAGCCGAGCAAGAACUCAUGUACUUGCGAGUACAAUGGUGGGAGAUGCUGGGCCACAAGAUCGACCUCACCAAGGCCGACGAGACCGCCAAGAAUGUCCACGCGAUCAUCAUGGUGGACGCAAAGGCGCUCUAUGACGCUGCCAAUCUGCUGGACUGA